AACGGGUGGGCAGACCCUGAGUCGCCGCGUAAGCGGGGCCGGCUCAGUGCGGUGCAGCAGGCGCGGCUGUGCGGCAGCGGAAGUCCUUUGUUGCAGCGCAGUCCCUGGCAGAGCAGGAGCCGAGCUCGGGGAGCCGCCGGAGCCCAGGGCGCCUUCGCUGCUGUCGCGGCCGGGCUUCAUAUUUUUCCUUCGCCCUUUCGCCUUUCCCCGCUCCGCCGCCCCCAGCUUUGCCUUCAAAGUCCCCCCGGGCUCCCCCCCAGUUGGCACACAACUGCAGCGUCCAAGUGGCCGGUCCAUAAUUAAAGUAGAAGAUGGCAAGACCCAGCCACAGCAGCUACGUCCUUCAGCAGCUAAACAACCAAAGGGAAUGGGGUUUUCUUUGUGACUGUUGUAUUGCCAUUGAUGACAUUUAUUUUCAAGCUCACAAAGCAGUUCUAGCUGCUUGCAGCUCUUAUUUUAGGAUGUUUUUCAUGAACCAUCAGCACACUACUGCACAGCUGAAUCUUAGCAACAUGAAAAUUAGUGCUGAAUGCUUUGAUCUAAUUUUGCAGUUUAUGUAUUUAGGAAAAAUUAUGACAGCCCCUGCCAACUUUGAACAGUUUAAAGUGGCAAUGCACUACUUACAGUUGUACAAUGUUCCUGAGUGUUUAGAAGACAUACAGGAUGCAGACUGUUCUAGUUCAAAAUGUUCGUCUUCUGCUUCCAGCAAUCACAGUAAUAAGAUGAUAUUUGGGGUACGGAUGUACGAUGACACCCUAGCUAAAAAUGGCAGUGAAGCAAACAGGUGGUGUGUAGAGCCAAGUUCAACAGUAAAUACGUCACAAAACAAGGAGCCUGAUGAAGAGUCUUUACAGUUAGGCAGCUUUCCGGAGCAGUUGUUUGAUGUAUGUAAAAAAAGCUCUGUGUCCAAAUUGUCUAACCCAAAGGAUCGUGGGUCACGGCGCUUUGGAAGGAGCUUUACCUGUGACAGUUGCGGAUUUGGUUUUAGCUGUGAAAAGUUACUGGAUGAGCAUGUGUUAACCUGCACUAAUAGACAUUCCUAUCAAAACACAAGGGCAUAUCAUAGGAUAAUAGAUGUUAGAGAUGGAAAAGACAGUAAUACCAAAACUGACUCCUGUGAAAAAGAUUCUUCUAAAACAUUUUCUGUACAAAUAGACAAAUAUAGAGGGGACACAAGCCAGACCACCAGUGAUUCAUCAUCAUCCACUGGAAACAGAAAAGGCAGUACAGCAGAGCCUGAAGUCACUGGUGAAGAGAAGAGCAGAGCUGCUGAGAGGAAAAGGAUUAUCAUCAAGAUGGAGCCAGAAGAUCAUCCUAAAGAUGAAUUUAAAGACUUCAACGUUAUUAAAGUUUCUGAUAAAGACUGUAAUGAAUCUACUGACAAUGAUGAAUUAGAAGAUGAACCUGAAGAGCCAUUUUAUAGAUAUUACAUUGAAGAAGAGGUCAAUAUGAAGAAAAAUGCUAGGAAACUUUUAAAACCUCGGAUGUCUGUAAACACAGAUGAAAGAAGCAGUUUGGAAAAUACGAGGCACCCUACCAAGGACAGUCCUGUACAAGGGGAUACUGAAGGCGCAUCGUGUGAACUGUGUGGACAGACAAUAACUGAAGAAGAUCUGUCAUCUCAUUAUUUAUCAAAACACAUAGAAAAUAUCUGUGCUUGUGGUAAAUGUGGUCAAAUAUUAGUCAAAGGUAGGCAACUUCAAGAACAUGCACAAAGAUGUGGAGAACCCCAAGAUUUGACUGUGAAUGGUUUAGGAAACAGUGAAGAAAAAAUGGACAUGGAAGAGAAUACUGAUGAGCAAUCUGAAAUAAGAGAUAUGUUUGUUGAGAUGUUGGAUGAUUUCAGGGACAAUCAUUUCCAAAUAAAUAGUCUCCCCCAAAAGCAAUUAUAUAAACAUUCUGCAUGUCCUUUUCGAUGUCCUAAUUGUGGUCAGCGUUUUGAAAAUGAAAAUCUAGUGGUUGAGCAUAUGUCCAGCUGCCUAGACCAAGAUAUGUUUAAGAAUGCCAUUAUAGAAGAGAACGAAAGAGAUCAUAGAAGAAAACAUUUCUGCAAUCUUUGUGGAAAGGGAUUUUAUCAGCGUUGUCACUUAAGGGAACACUAUACAGUCCAUACCAAGGAAAAACAAUUCGUUUGUCAGACAUGUGGAAAGCAGUUUUUAAGAGAACGUCAGUUGCGACUACAUAACGAUAUGCACAAAGGCAUGGCCAGGUAUGUCUGUUCCAUUUGUGAUCAAGGAAACUUCCGAAAACAUGACCAUGUACGGCAUAUGAUUUCUCAUUUAUCUUCUGGGGAGACUAUAUGCCAGGUCUGCUUUCAGAUAUUUCCAAAUAAUGAACAGUUGGAGCAGCACAUGGAUGUUCAUCUAUAUACAUGUGGAAUAUGUGGAGCAAAGUUUAAUUUGCGAAAAGAUAUGAGAUCUCAUUAUAAUGCCAAGCAUUUGAAAAGAACAUAAGUGAUUCCUACUGUGAGAGUAUUAACUUGACAGCAAACAAAACACCAAAGCAAGGAGUAUGAUAUAUUAGAAUUUGAUUUUAUAAAAUGAAUUGUUGGAAAAAGCAUAUUUUAUGACCUUUUUACCUUUUAAUAUCUUUGUUUAGGAUCAUUAAGUAUAUAUACAUGUUUAUCGUUUUUACUGUUAUUUUUACUGCUAAUAGAAAUUUUUAUGUUUUUAGUUUUGUCUUACCUAUGAUUAAAAUUACUUUUAAAUGUAGACUAAAAGCACAAUGUUAUCCCUUCAAUGACUUAUUAAACUCAUAGUUCUAUAUCAAUAAGAUGAUGAUCUCACUAUGUUCCACGUGUUUUUACUUAAAAGUUAACCUUGUGAAGUUUUAAACACAUCAUCAGUGGACAUCCUUGACUUUCUUUUUUUAAUUUAAAAAAGGAAAUCAGUUCUGAGAGACUAGUCACUUUUCCUGUAACUGUUCUGUCAAUACAGCAGUGACUUAACCAUUGUUCUUAUUUUUAUCAUUAAUGAAGUCCAGAUUCUGAAGUUGAUAAGGAUAUUAGGUAGUUUGGUUGAGCUAAAUCUAACCUUAUAAUUUACAUAGGCUAGAAACAAAAGAGGUGAAAAAAUUUAAAAAAAGGUGAAAAAUACCUGCAUGAAUUGAAUUUUAAAAGUAUAUUGAGUAAAGAAACAAAUACCUUUACUCCACUUAAAUUAAUGGAGAUAAACCAACCAGCUUUAUGCUACAAAUUAAAAUAUUAUAUUGAUGCUAUAUCUUUUAAUGUUAAAAUUUACUAAAUCAAAAUAUCCUAAAUUCCAUAGUACUUUAACUUGAUUACUUAUUGCUUUUAAGUGGAUUUUAAUAACAUUAUCACCUAAUUAGCCAAAGGAAGAUGAUUUUUUGUCUUUAAAAUUAUAUAGUUUUGAAACUGAUUUUUAAAAAAUUUUAGCUAAACCACUGUAUAGUAAUAAAACUAAUAAAAAUAAAUCAGUUCUAAAUAUGGUUAUUCUAUAAAAGCACAAGGCUUGAAGAGCAAAUAUUAUUGUGUUUAUAUAUUACCUAAACUUUGGAGAAAAUGUGGGGCAAAUACUAGUUUUUAAUCAUGCUAUUUCUCUGUCAUGGGCUUGUACAAUUUUUGACAAUGCCAAAUAUAUGCAUAUGUAUACACAUCUGUGUGUGUGUGUGUGUGUGUGUGUGUGUGUGUAUACACACAGACACACCCAUAUAUAUAUAUAUAUAUAUAUAUACAUCUAUAAAAUGAUGUGAUUCAGAGUAUAACCUAAAGUGUAUUAUAGUCAAAUCAGUAUUAUUGUUAGAUGCUAAAGCAGGGUCUAUUUAAUUACAUGUGAGCUGAGAUAUAGACAUAAAUUUAUCUAUUAAAGAUGUUAUAAGCUGUCAUGUGAUUUUUAAAAAUAAAUGUAUUGCCUGGACCCAUUUAAAUGCAUGAUACAAAUGUAUAACAAAAAGAAUGUUUUUAAAACAGUAUUUUAUAUUCUUUCAGUAUUAUUUUGUGUACAAUAUUAAUUUUUUUAAAUUACUGUUUCACAUUGAAAUUUUAAGAUACAUACACAAGUUGUGUUUCUGUGUACAUUUUGCAGAUAAAUAGACAAAGUGGCCCAUAGAACUAAGAUGCUAACACAGGCUUGAUUGAAAGGGAAGUAUUGUAGCACACACACAGUGAGCUAAGAUAUUUGCAAUGCUAUGGAGAGGUGCCAAAUAACACAGGAGACAAAGCAGAAUUAGAGCAACAUAAUUUUUUAAUGACAUUAAUAAGCAACAUAGCAAAAUGAAAAAAUCCAGAAGAAAGCAAAUAAGAAACCCGGAAAGCAGAACAAGUUUUGUGGAUAUGAUAGAAAGUGACUCAGCUUAGCAUUAGAUACUUUUCAGAUUAGAAUAUUAACUUUUCAUGGCAUAGAAUGUCACUGAGGCACAACCAUCUAAUGUUUACAAAAUAAUUAACAGAUUUUGAAAGUGCAAAUUAAAGAUAAAAUUGGGACUAUCAAAUCACCUGACGGACAAUUAAAGUGUUAGGACAAAUGCAGGUCUCUGGAAAUAGUUUUUAAAAUUAGGUAGCAGCAGACAAAACCAAAAUUUCAGAAUUCUGAUUAUUGUAUACUAUUGAAUGGGACUUUUCCUUGAGAUAAUUUUAUCUUACAGUGCCUUAUUAUAAGUAGGUGCUUAAUAAAUACUUGUUAGUUGAAUAAAUAAGGAGGCAGCACAGUGCAAUACAGAUUACUCUGAAUGCAGAUGUUGGAUUUGGAAUUAGAAGUUCUGGACUAGAUUUCCUUCUCGUCUGUCAAGUACCUGUGUGAUCUUUAAGUCAUAGCCCCUCUUGGCCUUAUUUCAUCAUCACUAAAAAAUAAAAAGGUUAAACUAGAA